CCCGUCGCGGGGCCGCCUCGCCCGCCGCCACCAUGGACGCCAUCAAGAAGAAGAUGCAGAUGCUGAAGCUGGACAAGGAGAACGCGCUGGACCGCGCCGAGCAGGCCGAGGCCGACAAGAAGGCGGCCGAGGAGCGCAGCAAGCAGCUGGAGGACGAGCUGGUGGCUCUGCAAAAGAAGCUGAAGGGCACUGAGGAUGAGCUGGACAAAUACUCCGAGUCCCUUAAAGAUGCCCAGGAAAAGUUGGAACUGGCUGACAAAAAGGCCACGGAUGCUGAGAGYGAAGUAGCUUCCCUGAACAGGCGCAUCCAGCUGGUUGAGGAAGAGUUGGACCGGGCUCAGGAGCGCCUGGCUACAGCCCUGCAGAAGCUGGAGGAGGCUGAGAAGGCUGCGGAUGAGAGCGAAAGAGGAAUGAAGGUCAUUGAAAAUAGAGCCCAGAAGGAUGAAGAGAAAAUGGAAAUCCAGGAGAUCCAGCUUAAAGAAGCCAAGCACAUUGCUGAAGAGGCCGACCGCAAGUAUGAAGAGGUGGCUCGUAAGCUUGUGAUCAUUGAGAGCGACCUGGAGCGGGCUGAGGAACGUGCGGAGCUCUCGGAAAGCAAAUGUGCUGAGCUUGAAGAGGAGUUGAAAACUGUGACCAACAACCUGAAGUCGCUGGAGGCUCAGGCUGAGAAGUACUCGCAGAAAGAAGACAAAUAUGAAGAGGAGAUUAAAGUCUUGACUGACAAACUGAAGGAGGCUGAGACUCGUGCUGAGUUUGCUGAGAGGUCAGUAACCAAGCUGGAGAAGAGCAUUGAUGACCUAGAAGACCAACUCUACCAGCAACUUGAGCAAAACAGUCGCCUAACUAAUGAACUAAAGCUGGCGUUGAAUGAGGAUUAAGCUUUGGUGUGACUAUCUUGUUAACUUGUUUAAAAACUGCUUCUUCCAAAAGCUCCUCAAGAAUGAAUUAGUAAAGGUAGAAAGAAGCAAGAAACCUAGAAAUUGAUUUUUCAGGAUGUUGGUUCUGUGGCAAAUUGAAGAAAUUCCCAGUUUAUGUUGGAAAAAAAUGUAAAAUGGAAGUGCUCCCUCAAAUGAAGCUGUUUGCCUAUUUGCACUACUGCUUUGGAGGAGCUGUAGGCUCCUGCUUGGGCUGUGUGGCAGCUCCUUUCCACGUGGUACCAGUUACAGCACUUUUAACCARCAGUAUCCAAGGAGUAACCACCUUCCUUCUAGAGGGACAAGUGAUUUAACUGGUGCCACAACUGGGCCUGAGAGCCCUGCUAGGAAGGGAAGCGGGUGGAAGCCAGGAUUYAAGUUUCAGACGCAGUAUAAAGUGCAUUUAUGGCUGUUGUGUCUCUGGAGAUGGUAAUUCAUCCCUUUUGCAUUACUGUAAGAGGGACUCUUGUUUGGCUAAAAGCAAGGAAUGGGAGCUCCACGUGCAAAUCCCUGCUCAGUUUGAAGGUUUGCUUGCAGUAGCGUGAAGUGACAUUAUUAUGGGGUUCUGGUAAGAUGCAGCUCUAGAACAUUGUGCUCAUUUACUGUGUCAUAUAAGUGUGUUAAUUGACUGUAAAAGUGUGCAUGCAACAUAAAGCUACUAACUGCGUGGAGUUUUUUGUAUUUCAUAGCAAAAAUGAGUUAAUUUUCUCAAAAGUCACUUGAUUGAAGGGGAUGGCUGUAGUCUUUUUUAGUUCUAUGCAAAUUCACAAUUCCAUGUGCUUAAAGCAUGGAACUGCAAAGAACUUGCAUGUGUUUUCCGUUCUUAUUGCCCUACUUUAAAAAAGUAAAUAAAUAAGAAUUAACUUGCCAUUCCACAUUCCUAUGGGAGAGCUCCCAGAAUGUACAAGAACAUCAUCUCUGGCAGUGCAUUUUCUUUAAAAAUGCAGCUGUGAUCAGUCAGUUCCAGCUUGCAUUACUUGCAGGUUGCUUUGUGCAUCUGGAMCCCUGCCUGUUGGGCUGGCUGGGGGGUAUUUGAUUUAUUUCUGAGCCUUUAUGAGCAUGCACAUUUUUCCCUUUGGGAGCGGUGCCUGCAUGUCUUCGUGUUCUGAGCAYGGGUGCCUCCAUAGAACUGCUAUUCACGUUGUAAUUUUCUAAUCCCA